AUGAUUUCCACCGCCUCCAACUCCGAGGAGCCAUCGUUAUCGCUUUCUUCGUUGCCCGACGACGUUGUUUUGAACUGCUUAGCCCGCGUUCCGAGAUGCUAUGACCUAAACCUCUCUUGCGUCUCAAAAGCCCUCAGGUCACUCGUACGCUCCCCUGAUCUGUACCGUUUGAGAUCCAAAAAGUCCGUCUAUUUAUACUGGACCACUCUCCGUCGGAGUGAGAAGACGAGUGACUAUCAACUGGUCCCGGUUCCGCUCCCUUCUGAUGCUUCAAUGUUCUUAGCGUCUUCCACCGUCGCAGUGGGAUCAAAGAUCUACUUCUUUGGGAGACUUGGAUGUCCCUCGAAGAGUUUGUUGAUACCCAAUCCAAACAGAGAAGGAGCCCCCUCGAUAGAGGUUGAGACAGGGAACGAGGCUGAGUCCGGAGGGUCUGGAGGGGCGGGAGGGUGGGGAGGUUCGAGAGGAGGGGCCAACUCAAGCAGAUUUGGAGGAGAGACAAUCGGCGGCGGCUUUGGAGGAGGGGGCAGAAGCAACGGCGUGACGCAAAAUAGAACAACCACCAUCGAAACAAAGGGAGAAAAGAAGAGGAUGGAGAAAGAAGAGAGUUCUCACCGGUCAACUAUUCUUCAAUUUUUUUCCCUUCUUGUCAAAGCUACGAUGUCUACCCCUAGCGCCUCCAACGCCGACGAGCCACCGCAAGAAGAUAAACAUCAGCCGUCAUCGAUUUCUUCAUUGCCUGAGGAACUCAUUUUAAGGUGCUUAGCCUGCGCCCCAAGAAACUGUUACCUAAACCUCUCUCGCGUCUCAAAAACCCUAAGGUGCCUUGUUCGCUCCCCUGAGCUCCACAGAUUGCGAUCCCUCCUCCCCAAGAACUCCACAUAUGUAUGUUUCAAAGAAUACAAAGGUACGAAGUACCGUUGGCUUACUCUCCGUCGGGUUGAGAAAACGACGACGAUCAAGUAUCGAUUGAUUCCGGCUGGGUUCCCUUCUCGUCAUCCGUUUAGGCACGCUUCUUCAGCAGUCGCGGUCGGAUCAGAUAUCUACUUUUUUGGCGCAUCCUUCGAACCUUCCUCUGAUGUUUGGAUUAUUAAUACUCGGUCUGGAAAGUUUAGAAAAGGGCCAAACAUGAAAGUGGCUCGGCGCGCGGAUGAAACAGUCGUGGGAGUGAUCGACGGGAAGAUAUACGUGAUCACUGCCCUCGGGUGUGAAGAGGAGAGCCAAGUGGAAGUGUUGGAUACAGAAUCGAAAAUUUGGAAAUUUGCGGGGAAGGAGAAAGUGCCGCCAAUACCGUGGUGUAAGCAGUAUAUGGCUUCGCUGGAGAGGAAGGUUUACAUGGUGGAAUGUGGUAGAAUCAGAGUGUACAACCCGAGGGAAGAAGAUGGAAGAAACCGGAUGGUUCAUAUGGUAAGUGAGAAAAGAGAGAGUGUAAGUGAGACAAGAGAGAGGGUAAGUGAAGAUGUGGAUGGCGUGUGUGGGGUAGAGAAUGUGCUCUAUGCUUGUUUCGACCGGAGCGGGUUAAUGUGGUUUGACACAAAGCUCAACGUUUGGAAAAGAUUGGUCUGCCGUGAGGGGGAUCAUGAACUGGUGGGCUCAAGGUGUCUUCCCUAUGGCCGUUCUACUGAUCAGCUUGCAAUGGCAGAGUACGAGGGAAAGCUAGCGGUUUUUCAAUCCGUCGUCAGUGUUAAAGCGGAGAGUGAAAUUUAUAUGUCGUUGUUCGCUUUGGAUAGGGUUGGUGAAAGGCUUUUUGGGACGAUCGAGUGGUCUGGUGCUGUGGCCAACAUCCCACAUCGCUAUACAGUUGUGCAUUGUUUAGUGGCUUCCGCAGCUCAAAUAUGA